CAUCUCUCAGGCACAGUCAACACAACUUUCCUCUUCUCCCAGCUUGCAUUCGGUCAUCGCUGUGCCUGUUUUCGUCUAGUAGAGUUUUGUAAUCGUCAACAGAAAAGCAUCCACCCCUAACCAGCGCUCCUGCGCCCUGGUCACUCGAAUCACUAUCACCUUCCCCCAUUUACGAAUCUUUUUUCCUGAGAGAACGGACCACCUACACGUCCUCCCCACAACUGUCCGGCUUGUCGAAUCCCGAACUGAUUCACGCUCGACGUUCCCGCGGCUGUCACCGUCUCAGGAUAUCCUCCGCGUCCUCCCCCCAGCAAUCAAAUCUCCCACGGUCAAAUCCACCUACGCGUCGAACUCCAUGCUCAGAGGUCAAGGACGGAUGACCGUGCACUGCUGUGCCCUUUGACACCCGUUGGAGACACCCACUGAGGGCAAGACGUCCGUUGCGCAAGCAAACAAGUACAUCCAAGCCCAAGGGGAGAAUCAUAGCUGCCCAAUAUGAUCUCCUCCCCUCCAGGCUCGCCGGAGGCUGUGCGCGAGGUACGUGCGCAAAGCAUGUAUUCGGCCCCGUCUCCAGAUCCUGUCCAGAAACAACGACCUCAGAGCAUGAUCGGCCGGCCGCCGCCUCGCAGUAACAGUCGCAUGAGCCAAAGUAGCAAUCAUGUUGGAAGCAGGGCGUCAGAUGAAGACGCAAAGACUUCGGUCAGAGUCGUGGUUCGAGUACGGCCGCCGCUGGGCCCCUCCGACCCUGGAUUCGAUCUUAUCCCGCAACGUUUUCAAAGAUCGAUGGUGCAGGUGAACACAAAUACUAGUCUCGCCGUCGAAUCACCCCAAGGACGAAAGAUGUUCAUAUUCGAUCGCGUAUUUGGAGAAGACACAACCCAAGAAGGAGUAUGGGAAUACCUGCAAGACAGCGUGAAUUCCUUUCUGCAAGGCUAUAAUGUCUCGAUACUCGCCUACGGCCAGUCCGGCUCCGGGAAAAGUUACACGAUGGGCACAUCAGGCCCAGAUGAACAAUUUCAUCCUUCUAUGAAAGGUGUCAUUCCUCGAGCAGCGCAGCAUUUGUUCGACAACCUUAACGGUGGCAACACCCACAGCCGGCAUAACUCGGGCUUGAAAUCCCCAACCAAAUUCUCUGUCCCUAGCUUGAACCAAGCCAUGCGCAACUCCAAGUCCUUUGCCGACAGAGGAUGGGAAAUGUCGGUAACCUAUGUCGAGAUUUAUAACGAACAACCCCGAGAUCUUCUGCUUCCUGAGGACGCACCGUUUACGGAAAGAGCCAAUGUCCAGAUCCGAGAAGAUCCUCGUGGUCGAAUUUUUGUUGAAGGCCUCAACUCCGUUCGCAUCUCCUCCAUCGAGGAAUUGAUGCGCGUCUUGAACCAUGGAUCUACUAUCCGACAGACUGACGCAACGGCUAUCAAUGCCCGGUCCUCUCGGUCUCAUGCCGUCUUCACAAUCAACCUUCGACAGACUAGAGCACAAGGAUUCACUUCCAUGAAAGACAAGAGAUCGUCUAUUGCUGUCGACCAUUUCCCCGGGCACGAGUCCACCAUGACAGUAGAAAGCAAACUCCAUUUCGUCGACUUGGCUGGUAGUGAAAGACUAAAAAACACCCAAGCCACGGGUGAUCGCGCAAGGGAAGGCAUCUCCAUCAAUGCUGGAUUGGCCAGUUUGGGCAAAGUCAUUUCGCAAUUGUCAUCCAGGACAACCGGGACGUUUGUGUCGUACAGAGAUUCCAAAUUGACUCGUAUGCUUCAGGACUCGCUCGGUGGCAACGCAAUCACGUACAUGAUUGCUUGCGUGACACCGGCAGAAUUCCAUCUCAGUGAGACCCUGAACACUGUACAGUAUGCUCAACGAGCUCGAAACAUCCAGAGCAAGCCGAAAAUCCAACAAGUCGACGAUGGUGCUGACAAGCAAGCUGUCAUUGAACGAUUGCGUACUGAGAUCGCCUUUCUGAGACAGCAAAUCCGCAGUGCAGAAUCGGGUGACCGCCGACCUGGUGUCAUGUCCGAGCGGGGAGACAGACUGAAUGAACGGGAAAAUGAGCUGCAAAAUCAGUUGUUGGAUGUCCAGGAAAGCUACUCUGCCCUCAGCCAAAGACAUGCAAAACUCAUUUCCGAGUUAACCAGAAACGCAGAGACGUAUGACCAAGCCACUUCAAUUCCGGGAGAAAGUGCUAUGGACCGAUUAAGACGGUCUCAGGCUAAUCAGGAGAUGAUCGAGCAAGUUGUGAUGGAGUACGAGAAAACAAUUCAGAGUCUUGAGGCCAACCUCUCAACGACCCGCUCGUCGCUGGCUACCACAGAGAGCAAUCUGCUUGAGAAGGAGACCAAAUGCGUUUACGUCGAAACAAUGAAUCAGCAGUUGAAUGCUCGUGUCCAGAAAAUGAUGGAUCGAGAGUCGAACACGGAACAGUACCUUCAUGACUUGGAAGCAAGACUCGACAACCAAGGCACUGGUGGCGCCAAAAAUGAUGAAAUCGUCUCCGAGUUGCGAAAGGAAAUCUCGCGAAUCAGAGAAAGUGAGACCAAUGCUGAAGACUAUAUUUGUACACUCGAGGAACGGCUUGCCGAGGCAGACCAAGACAUGGAGAUCAUGCAACGCGAAAUCGAGAGACUGGAGCAUCUGGUCGAACGACAGCGGAGUCUUGGCAAACUUGACAACCUGCUCUAUGAGCUCGAUCACAUCCAAGAGAAGGAUGGUAAAUCGAAAGUCCUCAGUAGAGGGUCUCCUGAGGGAGACAAUAUCAUUGAGGAAGAGCAUGAACAAGACCUCAAAGCAGCAGAGGAAACUGCGCUUCCUGCUCAGAAAGAAAAUGAGCUUGAGGAACAUCUUGAAGAGUCGGCAGAGCAAGCUCUUGAAGAGAGCGACGAGGCAGGUCUUGGGAAACUUGAAAGUGCAGUGGCUCAUCAGCAGCUACUGAAGGCGGAGCAGACUGACGAAGCACCAGCAAGCCCUGCGCAGUCAAAGUUCAUCAAUGAGAAAUUUGAAGCUGUCAGCCAGGAAUUGUUCGACCUUCGCCUGGAGCAUGAGUCAACGGUCAACGACCUGGAUCUACUUUCUGCCAAGUACCAGGAGGCACUCCGGACGCUGGCUGAGAUGCAAGACUCCAUUGAUGAGCAGCGUCAAGCCGCAGCAUCCCAAGAAAGCAGACCUGCCGAGGACCCCACAGGCUCGCCUUUUUUAGAGCAGGGUCAGCUGCAAGAAGCGGAGGAUGGACAGGAAGUGCCCUCCUCGCGAUCACUUUCCUCGGAAUUAUCCUUAGCUGGGGAAUCCUCUACCUCAGUGGAUACCGAUAUUACUCCAGUCUUUAAGGAUUCUCCGUCGAUGGAAGUCGCCACACAGGAGAUCGAACGCUUGCAGAAUCUUCUUGCAGAGCAUGAAAGAAACACGCAGCAGGUUACAGAACAGUACACCCAGCUCCAGGCAGAACACAAGGAUGCAUUAACAACUGUCGAGCGGCUGAAGACACAAGUGCAGCGGACAAGACCUGGUUCUCCCGGUACACCUGGCAUGCUUAGGCGCAUGACUUCACAGAACAACACUGGUGUUGACCGAGGUCAACGUUCAGUGACCUCCCUAAGAACUUUACUGGUGGCGGAAUUCGAAGACAAGCCCGACCGUAUGGAAGGAGCCGAAGUUCAUCUCAGCGCGGCAGCGACUGAGCUCCAAGCGCGUCUGGACCGCAUUCAAGCUCUUGAAGCUGAAGUCAAGACGGUCAAGAAAGAGAUGGAACUCAAAUCCACCAUUAUUUCUGGCUUGACAAGAGAAAGAACGAGCAUUAAAGCUGGAUCCCCUGUUGACCUCAACAUGGUGUCUCAGCUAAGAGAUCAGAUCAUUCAAAAAGAGACCGAACUCAAGUCUUUACAUGAGGAAUACGCUCGUCGUGAGCAACGUUUGCAAGAAGAAAUCCAGAGAUUGAGUGCUGAAAAGGCCAAUGGCCACAUCACACCCCCGGCAUCCGAGGAUGGAGAAAAGAUCCAGUCCCUCAAUGGACAGCUGUCUGAGCUGCAACUGAAGCUUGAAGCAAGUCAACGAAUAGUUGAGGCGUCCGAGAAGAAGUGUGCUCGAACCCGACACGAACUCGAGGCAGCAUUGGCGAGCGUGGAAACCCUCAGAGCUCAGCAAAUGUAUGGUGAAGACGACACAACAUCCGAGCGGGCCGCUGCUGCCAAUGCUAUGCAGGCUGAGCGUGACCACUACCAAGAAUUGAUCAACAACAUCAAGCAGGAGGUUGAAGAGCAGCGGACGCUAAAUAUGGAUCAGGCGGCCAAGAUUUCCGAGCUUCAGCAACUACACGACUCGCUGAGCAAGGACUUCGAUGCCCAAGCAGAGCUGGCGACCUCACAACGAGCCGAAAUCUCCUCGCUCAAGGCAGAAAUUGCUAAGCUUGAACAGAAGAUCAAAGAAGCGGAAUCGGCCGCGGAGUUCCACAAGCAGAAUCUCAAGUCUCUUCAUGACUCCCACACUACCCAGAUCGAGGAGAUGAAGCUUGCUCAUGCAGGCAGUCUGGCCGGAUAUGAUGACCAAAUUACCGAGAUGACUGGAAAGCACGAGAAACUCGUAUCGACGUACAAGAAAGACUUGGAGCACGCCCUAACAACCGUGGAUCAACUUGUUUCCAAGGCUCAAAAAGCUCUCGGCCACCCAACAAGUGCUGACAUGCUUGAGAGUCAUAUCCAAGAUGUGGUGGAAGAGAAGCGGCACAUUGCAGAAGCCAAUGCACGUUUCAAAGACGUCAACGCUGAGCUUGAACGCCAACUUGACGGCCGACAAAGUUUGCUCGAGCUGGAGGAGGCGCUCGCCGAUGCGAACACAAGAAUCGCCAACUACCAAGAGACGAUCCGCAGUCUUGCAAACGAAGUUGGAAAUCACGAGGAGACGCUGCGUGAGAAAGAAGCUCAGCUCAAGAAGGCCGAAGCAGCCGUUGAGGCAAUCGAGGCAGAGAAGGCCAAGAAACUGGUCAUCAUCGAGGAGCUGGAGCAACAAUUGCAGAACAGCUUCGACCAGCAUCAUAAUCGAGUUUCAGUCAUCCAGGCACAAGGCAACCAGGCCCUGAUUGAAGCCCAACAACGAAUUGCGUCGCUGGAAAAGGACCUCGACCAGCGGCGAUCCAUCAAUGAAGGCGGCUCAGACAGCGGCUCGCGGACCAACACCAUGAAGUCUCAACACCGACCUCAAUCUCCACCAGUCGAAGGAGGCGUCCCGCGCUCGAACUCAAUGAACUCAAAUCUGCGCAAGUCGGCAUCCAUCGCCUCUUUACCAUCCCCUCCACCCGCCAUCCCUCUCCCGCCGCUUCCAGCCUUACCCGGCCUUUCGGUCGCAGGUGCCAAUGCAACGAAUCCUUCUCCGCCUCAAUCUCGUCAUACUUCUAAGGAAGUUGCCCUCCCCAUCACGCCAGUCUCUGGCACGGCCGUAUCCUCAAACUCGCAGAACGUCCGCCGCCAUUCAGCGCUCAUUGAAGAACAAGAAAACCGCCUCCGCACCAUCGAAAAGCACCUGCACGCCGAGAAGCAACUGACCGCCACACUCGAGGAGGCGCUGGUCGAUCUCGAGACACAGUCGAACAAGCUGCGCGCCGACGCGGACGUCUGGAAGAAGAAGGCCUGGGCCAUGGAAGAAGAGCUCUCGGGCCUGAAGAAGGAGCGGCGGUCCGAGCGACUGAGUGUCCAGGCUGUCGAAGAAGAAGUCAAGAAGCGCCGUGAGGCCGAGGCGGCGAGGGCGCAACUCGAAGAGCGGAUGCGCUUGUUGACCGUCGGCAAGGACGGGAAGACGAAGAAACGAAAGGGCAGCUCAUUGAAUUGUUUCUAGGCGUUUGAAUUGGGCGUUCGGUCGAUCAGCAACACUAAUGACGUCGCAUUGUCCUGUUUCCUGGUCUGUUUUGUCUGUCGAGACACGAAAGCGAGGGCAAAUUGCACCUGCACAGCAAGCGAGGCGAGUCGAGUCGAGUUGGAUCCCUGGUUUUCUGGUUGGUUGAUGUUUGAUUGAUGUGAUGGCACUCUACAUACAGUCAUGCCCCCCAUGCCCUGUUUUCAUGUCCCUUUCUUUUGUUGUGUGUGUUGUUUUUCUUGGGUUAUAAUCAGUUUGCGAUAUCCAGCCAGCCAGAGAGAGCUUGGGUUCGAGGUCUUGGUCGGGGGCGAUGGUGGUCUGUUCAGGUCGAAUUGGAUCGGAUUGGGAUCUUUUUGUGUAAUACGGAAGUUGAAUAAAUAGCAAGCAAAACGAAGUAAAGCAAGUAAACGAGCCAAUGAGCAAUCCAGGCGAUACAGCCAGGCAGGCAAUGAAGACUGUUGAUAAUGAUCAAUA